AUGGACGCCGGCUACCUGCAGAAGGUUGGAUUGGACGUCCGAUCCAGUCCAGCCCUUUGCCUGGGUAGGACGAACGGCCAAAGCAAUGGAAUCACUGGAACUGCUUCUCCAAAAGUGCCUGCCGCACAGUCGCCGACACGCAGCGCAAAUGGCAACUUUGGUGGCGACCUGAUGGGCAAGGGCUACGAGAGGGCGGCGAUCACCAAGGGAUCCCAUCCGCCAUGGUUGGCUCCGAACGGCGGUGUGGACGCCGGGCUGCAGGUCAUGAACAGCUUGACGGGGGAAAAGGAGUCCUUCAGACCCCUCAAGGAAAACAAAGUUAGUUGGUAUACUUGCGGUCCGACCGUUUACGAUGUGGCCCACAUGGGGCACGCUCGAGCAUACCUGACCUUCGACAUCCUUCGAAGAAUCAUGCAGAACUACCUGGGCUUCGACGUCAAAUACCAGAUUAACAUUACCGAUAUUGAUGACAAGAUCAUCUUGCGAGCUCGCCAGAACAAGCUCUUCGACGACUUCUCCCAGGAAGCCUCGAAGAUGAAGCUGGAUGAGCUGAAGAAGGUCGUGAGUGCAGUCGCGAUCUUCGGUUCCUUCUGCACCGAUAUUCCGAUGGGUACUUGGGAUGUCGCGAGUUUUGGACAAGUGACAAGGCGGGACAGGAAUCCAGCUGAUUCCCGCUAUUUGACGCCUGUACGUAGCCUGUUCAGCAGCAUGGCUCCGAUCGACGUCGCAAGCGCACCACGCGUGGGCGUUAGCAACCUUGUUCGAGCAAGGCAACUUGGCCCACCGUCUUUGAGGGCUUCCAGAAUCGUCGAUCAAUCGUCGCCCGAAUCAUCCGAGACAUCGAGCCUUGGUCGAGGCGAGUUCUUGCAGUUCCUCGGUGUCUCUACCGUGGCGGCCAUCUUCACUGUGGGAUCUUUGCGCUCUCGCGUCCGAGCACAGGUGCCGGGAGAGCCGAACCUCCUCCUGAAUACCUUCUCCUGUGGCACCACUCCACUUCGAAAUCCCAAGUACCUUGGUGGAGGUGUGCAGGCAGAAGUCUUCUCCGCCGAUACCUCAAACGGCCAGGCGGUGGUGAAACUCAGCCGAGCCAACACCGACUACGCGAUGCGUAGCCUUGAGCACGAGCGGAGAGUCCUGAAGAUCUUGAAUGAUGCCAAGGUUCCGAACAUCGAGAAGUGCGUCGGGUUUGGCGAGGUGACGACCACGGCCGGCCCUCGUCAAGGCAUGGUUUUGACACCUUGCCUCCCAGGCCGUAACAUCUCGGUGAAGAACGGCUGCGGCAACCCACGCCCGCUGGAGUCGCAGGAGGAAGAUCGCAUGGAAAGGUUCAUGGCAACUGCCGUACGCGUCUUAGAAGCCGGCGUGGCCGGGGUUGAUGUCCAGGUGCUUCAGUCACCAUCCAGCAAUGACAUGCUGUGGAUCGAUUUCACCGAAGCCGCGUUGUUGAAGAAGCAAGGUCCAAGCAUCUCGGUGGAGGGCCCGCCUAUGACUUGCCCCGAGUACGAGAGGCGGUACAAGAGUCCGAAGGAUGCGGUUGUGGGAUUCGCGACAGAAGUCUUCCUCAUGGUGCCAGGAAGCUCGCACGAAUCCGCCGCCAAGGCUUUGGCUGAAGAGUUGCAGGAGCUCGGCGAAAGCCGCCAGCGAGGUGUGGGGAAGACGUUCCAAGAUGUUUGGGCAAAGCUUCCAUGGAAGGUCGGUGGGCUGGAAGCAAAGCGCUUGGAGACUGCCGCGAAUAGUGCAGCGGGAGUGGUCGCUGCGUGA